GUCUUUGCAGGAGGAAAGAAGUGUCGGGCUAGUGUGUUAGCCAUGAGAUCUAAAUGUGUGAGAAGGCUUGUAGUGUAAAUCUAUCAGCGGUUGCGCAACCCAUCAACAUCAGAUUCCGCAUUUAAUAUAAGACAGGUGUCCCCCUCUUUCAGCAACAAUGUCUCGAGCUGCAUCCAAGAGUCGUGCUGACAAGGGGCGUGGUCCUGCCACCCCUGCACCUCCUCCAGCAGCCCACAGCCAGGAUGUUGUGGACAUCGUCCCAGGUCGCCUCACGCAGUCCUUCUGGAUGACCAUGAUCGCACAGGAGGAGGGGGAGGAGGUUGUGAGAGAUAUCCUGGACGACUUCAUGACUCAUGUCAUGGAAAAGUGCAAGGAAGUUUACCUGAAGCAACAGCUGAUUCCAUUCACCGUGUCCCGUGCCAGGGACACAUUGUUAGAGAUACUGGAGUGGCGGUUCUUGGUUCAGGAUGCGGGUGAGCAGUCGGACAGCACCUGGAAAGAGGACUCGGAGCCCCCGCCUUUGCUCACGGACUCAUGGGCCCAGGGCUGUGUGUCUGUGACGCAGCGCAAACCUGCUCCUCCUCAACAGCGGCGGACACCAGUUCCAAGUCAGCAAGCUAGGAGGAGGAGCCAAAACUCUACGGCAGGUGAAUCCCAACAAAAGCCAUCAGGAGCAGGGAAGAAACAGAAAGAUCCAAAAGCAAAUGCCGAAGCUAAACCAGGACCUGCCUUGGCUUCCCAAACUCAGCCAGAUAAAAAAGGUCUCCUGCCUCUUGCCAUGACCUCUAUCAACUCUCAAAGGAACAAUCUGGGGCCUGGCAGCCUUUUCCCACCCAUUACCAGUGUGCCACAUCACAUAGACCCGUCAGCUGGAGUGGAGGUCAAUGGACCACUUCGCUCCUACGUCAGCCCUUUGAAAGACAACCUUCCCCAACCACAAGUGGCAGAGUUUAGACCAAAUAAGAGCAACUCACCACCCUCCUUGAAAUUUCUGAAUCAGCUGCUUGCUGGGACCACUUCAUAAAUUGUUGUCCCACUCAAACAGAAGAAGUUAAAAGUCAAGACAUCAAAAGAGGUCAAUUGGUUGUGUAGCUGUCAAGUUCAUUUGUUAUAGUAAGUAAUUAAUUACACUGGCUUAAAUGAUAAUCAAAUGCCUUCUGUCUUAACAGGACAUAUUAUACCUGUCACUGUGUGAGUGUGGUUCUUAGGGUCCUCAAAAGAAUAUCAGGAUGUUUUCCUUUAAUGUGAAUGUCAGACUAGCCUAUUUGUUUCAUUUUCAGUUGUGAACAUGAAGCAACAGCAUGUAUGACUGUAUGUUUGUUUUCCAACCUAAAUAAUAAAUAAAAUUCUCAGUUGAUUAUUA